AUGCCCGUGAAUAGAGCCAAGGCUACCCAGUUAUUGCGCCGUCAUCUUGCAGAGCCUGUCAAUAUCUGUAGCGUCGAAGCUUCCGCCGCCCAAGUGCCUUCGAAGGGGUGUGCUAGCCCAGGGACUGUCAGCUCCUCUUACGCCGCGGAAUACAGUUCACGCUAUCAGAUUGUUGUGUCUCUCUUGCGUGCCGGAUUCGCAUUUCUCCAGUACUGUGCACUAAUUGGUGACUCGCCUUCACCCCACCCAGCUCAGAACGCCAUUAGGCAAUUCGCGCGAGGUACCUUCCUUGCGUCCAUUACCGCACCAGAGUUGCGCUCCGUUUCUCUGCCGAUUCAAGACUCUUGUGGCUCGCGUCAUCGUACAAGAUUAGGGUCACCAACGCCAUCUGGUACACAACGCAACCUUCGAGCUGGUUUCAAUCUCCAAUUCUCCUUCUAUUUUAUACUACGUACUCCCUACAAUGAUUCAUCUAAGCCCUCCUAUCAGCUUGACAUUCCAUUAAGUAUUCUUGACCCGAGCCACCGGAACCGGGUAUCUGCUGUAUAUGGGGAAGUUGGGACGUAG